AUGAGUGCGAAAGGUAUUCGUUGCGAAGGAGAUUACCGUAAUAAUUACUCUCCAGGCUGGAAAUUCAACCAUUGGGAAUUAAAAAGUGUUCCUAUUCGUAUUGAAGUCGGACCUAAAGAUAUGAAAGCAAAUCAAAUUGUAGCAGUACGCCGCGAUUCAGGUGAAAAAUUGAUUUUAGCUUUGGAUGAUGUCGACUCAAAAAUUCAGCAACUUCUUGAAACAAUUCACGAUAGCAUGUUGGCGAAAGCACAAUCAGAUUUGGUUCAGCACACAAAAAUAACAAAGAACUGGUCCGACUUUUGCAUGUUUUUAGAUAAGAAGAAUAUAUUAUUUUCUCCAUUCUGUGGUGAAACGUCAUGUGAAGAUAAAAUCAAAGCCGAUAGCGCAAGGUAUAAUGAAUUCAAAGAAAAAUUCUCCACUGAGAAGAAUUUAGAGUACGAAAAUUUCCGCGAAGCGAUGGAACAAAUCAAAGCCGCAUUAAAGGAUGAAGAUUCUGCUGCAAUUGAUUUGCCCAGUGUUGAUAUUCAAGACAAAGCUACCAAAGAGCCAGAAGUAAAAGUAUUACUUGCACUUAAAACGGAACGGAACGCGCACACCUCCAUAGUCAAAUAA